AUGAAUACCGUCAUUGAAGAUGAACGGAACGCACACGCAGAGAUAGACAAGUAUGAGGAUUAUUUGGUGGAAUUAUUCUUAGAUACUGCUAAAGGCCAAAAGAAGCAAAUGGCGCAGAAGCAUCAAAUGUCUAAAAUUACGUCGAGGAUGAUCGCAAGGAGGGAAUUCCUUAAGAAAUCAUACAAAUCGAAUGAAAGAGAGGAAGAAUUGACGAUAAUUGGAACUUCACAGGUCGCAGACGAUUUAAAUGGCUUCUACGAUAGGCUGUCAUCUAUCAAAGAUUACCAUAGAAACAACCCAAACACUCCGAUUGACCCUUUCGCAAUGGAAUUGGAUGGUUUCACAGAGGAGCUCGAUAAUGACGCUAUCAGCUCAGUCUUCUCCGGUGAGGAAGCUUACGGGAAAUACCUCGAUUUACAUCUCCCACACGAACAAUAUAUUAACCUCAAAAACAUCCCAAAGAGGCUCAAUUACCUCGAAUUCCUCGAUGAUUACGAGCAGGUUGAGGAUUUACCUCUUCUUGUAAAGAGACAAUCAAGCUAUGCUGACUACCUCAAUUCCUUAGUCUCCUACCUCGAAUCUUUCCUUCACCGUUCAAGGCCAUUAGAUGAUUACAGCGCUAUUCAAGCUGACGCUUUAUCUAAAUUCGACGAGCAAUGGAAGUCUGGAACAGCUCCUGGUUGGUCCAAGCAGGAAGAUGAAUCAGUCGAACAGGGCAUCUGGGAUCCCGUCAUGCAGCGUACCUACACCAACGUUAAUGUCUACAACAACGUAAAAAAGUCAAAAAAAUAUCAAAAUGCUCUAAAGAGAUUGGAGCAGAGUGGUGAAUCCACUCAACCAUCUUCAGCAGAUUCUCAUACUCCCCCUCAUACUCACGGCGACAAGCUAUCCCUGUUGAGAAAAUCUAAAGACAGGACACUAGCUUCUCAAGAAGCACUAAUAAGACUAUAUGCAACUAUAUUAGCGGGUGUAAGAAAGGACACAAAAGCAGAAGUUGAACGCAAGUCGGCACUCACUGCACGUGAGAGAGAGCAAGAACUCGAAGAAGCCGAGUACGAGGAGUACAAAGCCAAUCCGAUGGAGCAGGUUGUUGAAGAGGAGAAAGAUGACGAAGGCAAAAUCUACAAUCCACUCAAACUACCACUCGGUUGGGAUGGUAAGCCAAUACCUUUCUGGCUCUUCAAGCUGCAUGGUUUAGGUGUAGAGUAUGAGUGUGAGAUCUGCUCUGGUAAGGUCUACAACGGGCGCAAAAACUUUGAAAAGCAUUUCCAAGAAGGCACACAUGCGUACGGUAUGCGAGCACUCGGUUUGCCCAACACGAAGCAUUUCCAUGAAAUAACAAAAAUCGCUGAUGCUUUGGCGCUGGCUGAGAAGCUCAAGUUACAGGGUAGACAGGAGAGCCAAGCUAGUGCUACAGUGGAAGAGAUGGAGGAUGAUCAAGGCAAUGUGUAUGACAUCAAGACGUAUAAUCAACUCAAGAAGCAGGGUUUGUUGUGA